AUCCUAUCUUAAAAAGUCCAAUUUUAGUAAUGCCUAGAUUUGGAAAUUAAAUUGUGGUUGCAGCUUAUGAGUAUUUUAUAUAUUUAAAACUCCUGUUAUCUACAAAUUCAAAAGGUGUAUGCAUAUGUGUUAAGAAAAAUAAACUAUAAACCUGCAUCAUUAAAGAAUGAUCUAAAAAAUGCCAGUGACCUGCCUUGUUUUGAAUUGUGGAAGCAGAGGAGGUAGAGAUAAUGUGUGUUUUUAUGCUGUUCCCAAAGCUUUAAAUUAUAGCUCUGCCCUACAUUUAAAUUUCAUAUCUGCAAAAAGACGAGAAGAGUGGAUAAAAGCCUUACGGCGAAGUGAUCUUACUGAAUCCAAGUUAAAACACAGUAAAGUUUGUGGCAAACAUUUUGUACAUGGUAUAAUGCUCUCGAACGCUUCAAGAACUAUCCUCCUCAGCUGAUCCUCAGAUUCAAAGACAAAAGGAGUUAUGUCCGUUGAACGAGCUGGCCACUGAAGUGAUUAGACAUUGAGCGCGGGAGCACCAUCCUGCUGAAACCAACAGUUUAUAACUUUUGCAAGCGGAAAACCAGCAGGCCUAUUGGAUAUUAAUAAUCCUGAUUGGAUACCGAAUCAACAUAUGGAAUGUCAUACUAAAUCGUCACAUAAAAGAAAAGAUUUCAUUGAUGUUCACAAUUUAGAAUGGAUACAAAAUAAGAAAGGGAAAUGUGAUAGUAAAUUGUCACCAGAAAGAAAAAUCUACCUAGAAAAAACUGAGGUUUUGGAAGAUGGUAAAACGCAAGAGGUAUUAGAAGAAAUCGAAAAUAUUUUAAUCGUGGAAGACAGUGAUGAGGAAAGUUCUGAGGAAGGUGGUGUAGCAACGCAAACAGAUUUGACUGUAAAUAAUUUAAAUGAAGUAACCGAAGCCUUAUAUAUUUCAAAAUCAACAAUUGAUAGUUUAUUGAGGCAGCUAAAUAAAUCACAAGUUUUAUCUUAUGAAUCACUGCAGAAUGACGAGGAAAAGUGUGUGUACUACACUGGUUUACCCUUUUCUUUUUUAAAGUUUUGUUUUGAAAAGAUAAAAAAUGUUAUUCCGGUAUGUUCUAAAGAUAUGUUAGAUCCAUUUCAGCAAUUUUUAUUGACAAUAAUUAAACUAAAACUUAAUUUACAGUUUAAAGAUAUAGCAUAUCGUUUUGGUAUAUCGGAAACAGAAAGUUCUAAUUUUUUUAACGUUAUAAUAUCUGCGAUGUAUCAGCAUUUUAAAGAUCUUUUAUUAUGGCAGGAUGAGGAAUCCAAUUGUAAAAACGAACCAUCAUGUUUUCAAGAAAUAUUUCACGAUAGAAAUACAAUUAUUGUUGAUUGUCCAGAAGUAACUAUUGAUAAACAACUAUUAAGUCAUAAAAAUCAAGUACUAAGUAUAGCUAAAUAUCAAAAAAGUAACUUUAUAAAAGUUUUAAUUGGGAUAACUGUACAAGGAAAAGUUAUUUUCAUAAGUAAAGCAUGGGGAGGUGAAAUAUCUGAUAAAGAAGUACUUGAAUUAUCCGGUUUCCUAGAUAAAAUAAAUCAGGAUGAUAUUGUGUUAUCAGAUUCUUUAAUGAUCGCCUCCAAGCCCAAAUUGUUUAAUUCUGCCUUUACCAAGGAAAAUAACCAACUUGUUCCUUUUCCAGUAGAGCCUAUAAGUAAACUAACACAAGUGAGAAUGCAUAUGCAAAAAGUCAUAACAUCUAUUAAAAAUAAAUUUCAUAUUUUACAAGGUCCUAUUCCAAUAACCAUGUUGUCCACCACUGAUGAUAUAAAAAUUAUAGAUAAAGCUUUUGUUGUAUUGUGUAACCUAAUAAACUUUACCCAAGCAAUAGAACUUUCAUAAAAAAACGCGUUGUUUUAUUAAUUCUUAAAAUAACUUUGUGUAUCCGGUUCAUUAAUGUAAUCUAAUCAUAUGAAUAGUUUUAAAUAUUAACGACAAAAAGAAAACCCGAACAAAGAUUUAUUUUCCAA